CCCCGGAACCAAGGGGGCGCCCCUCGAUCACUUUCUUUACAACUUGCACUUUAGGUUACGUAAUAAUAAGCCUUUGACCCAGUUACUAUGAAGCCUCCAGUCAACAUAAAAGGACAUCUGAAAUUGCAUUCGCAGCAAUAGACCAACCAUGUCUACCGAAGGAGACUACGACUGUAUAGUGAUCGGAGCCGGGGUCCAGGGCUCUUUCACGGCAUACCAACUCGCGAAGAAGAAGCAGAGAACUCUUCUGCUGGAGCAGUUUGUCCUGCCACAUACCCGGGGAAGCUCCCAUGGCCAAACAAGGAUCAUUCGCAAGGCCUAUGACCAGGACUACUACACCGUCAUGAUGGAGGAGUGUUAUCGGAUGUGGGCUCAGCUCGAGGAAGAGGCCAGCGUCAAGCUGGUUAGACAAACUGGACUGCUGGUGAUGGGCCCAGAGAAUAGUUCGCAAUAUCAGGCGGUUAAGAACACCCUGCAGAAAAACAGGGUUCCCAUGGUGAUCCUGCCGCCAGAAGAAUUCUCCAAGCACAUCCCCAACGUGAAUCUGAGCGAGGGAGACGGUGCUCUGGUGGACACAACAGCUGGGGUGUUGUUUGCUGACCGGGCACUGAGAGCUGUCCAGGGUCAGUUCCUGAAGUUGGGAGGGAUCAUUAAGGAUGGACAGAAGGUGAGUGACAUUAAGCCAGGGGCCCUGGUCACUGUCACAGCCUCGGGGGGCGUGUACAGAGCCAAGAACCUGGUGCUGACCGCUGGGAGCUGGACCAACGGCAUGCUCUCCUACAUUGGACUGCAGCUACCACUAAAGGUGCUGAAGAUCAACGUGUGCUACUGGAAGGAGAAGGUCCCCGGCUCGUACAACGUACAGCAACGCUUCCCCGCCUUCCUCCAGGUGGAGUGCCCCGAGGGCAAGCACCACAUCUACGGCCUGCCCUCCAACGAGUACCCUGGCCUGAUGAAGGUGUGUUACCACACUGGCAGUGAGACUCACCCGGACAUGAGGGACAGACAGUCAGACCGGUCGGACAUUGACAUCCUCAAGCGCUACCUGAGCCGCUGCUUCCCUGGCCUGGACCCUGAGCCCGCCGUGGUGGAGAGCUGCAUGUACACCGUAACCCCAGAUGAGGACUUUGUGCUGGACCGCCACCCCGUCCAUAACAACAUUGUUAUUGGAGCCGGAUUCUCAGGUCAUGGCUUCAAGUUUGGGCCACUUAUUGGCAAGCUGCUUUGUGAACUGAGCCUGGGUGAAGUGCCUUCUUACGACCUUUCACCCUUCAGAAUCAGACGGUUUCCAGAACAUCUCAGACCUUCAUUGUAAUGUGCCCACUCUUUAGUGGCCUGCUAGAAGAAACUACUACAGAUUCAGUUAUCAGAUCAAGGCCAACAAGUUGGGAAAUCUGCAUCUUUGAUGACAUCAUUGCUUUUAUCUUUACCAUCCUUUUAUCAUGGCACAUAUAAACUAAUGCUUUUUGGUUA